AUGUGUGACAGUGGGAAUGGAAAAUGUCCUCAAGGCAAAUGGGGUAAAUAUUGCCAAAAUAACUGCAGUCAAAGUUGUUUGGACCCGUUACGUUGUGAUGUCACAAGCGGUUAUUGUUCGGAAGGGUGUGUUACAGGUUAUAUACAGCCAAAAUGUGAACAAGCCUGUGGUUUUGGAACAUGGGGAAUAAACUGCUCCAUGUCCUGUAGUUCACAUUGUGGGGGAGAUAAAUCUUGUGACCCAGUAAAUGGUACAUGCAACAGUGGUUGUGGUGAUGGGUAUACCAGAACACAGUGUGAUCAAGAAUGUGUAGCAGGAAGCUGGGGUAAACAUUGCCAGAACAACUGCAGUAGACAUUGUAUAGACAUUUCACAUUGUGAUGUUGUACGCGGUACAUGUACUGGUGGAUGUGUUGCUGGUUAUAUACAGCCAACAUGUGAACAAGUCUGCAAUGUAAACACUUGGGGAAUGAACUGCUCCAUGUCGUGCAGUUCAAGUUGUGGGGGAGAUAAAUCUUGUGACUCAGUAUAUGGUACAUGCAACAGUGGUUGUGUUGAUGGGUAUACCGGAGCACGAUGUGAUCAGGAAUGUGCUUUUGGAAAAUGGGGUACAAACUGCCAGAAUGAGUGUAGCGAACAUUGUCUAGAGCCCUCACGUUGUACUGCUAAAAACGGGGCGUGUAUGGGUGGAUGUAAUGCUGGUUAUAUUCAGCCGACAUGUGGACAAGCCUGUGGUUUUGGAACAUGGGGAAUAAACUGCUCAAUGUCGUGUAGUUCACAUUGUAGGGGAGAUAAAUCUUGUGACCCAGUAAAUGGUACAUGCAACAGUGGUUGUGUUGAUGGGUAUACUGGAGCACAGUGUGAUCAAGAGAAGUUUAAGAGCGAUGAAAAUACUGAAUGGAGUGCUAUUAGUAUUGGUAUAGGCAUUGGCAUAGGAGUUGUGGUCACAUGUGUGAUAUUUUUACUUGCUGCAGCCGUUUUGUACCGUCGUGGCAUGUUGUCUCUGAGAAGAAAGUUGAGUGAAAGUGAAGAUAAAGCCGGAACGGAAACAGAAAUAAAUUAUCUAUCAGAUGGCAACAACACGUACAAUGAAGUGGAGGAUAACAAAGCUUCUGAUAAUCUGCAACCAUAUGACGCUAUCAAUCUAGGCGAUAUAGGGAUAGAAACAUCAGAUUAUUCAAACUUCAAAGUAGUGGCGUAGCUAUCGUAAAGCUAGCGUAAGCAAAGCAUAGGGGCCCAAGGCAGAUAGGAGCCCUUUUCCGUCUUCAAAUUUAAAAAAAAACUUUUACAUUGGAAUUUUAAUAUUGUAUUAUAAAAAAAAAUGUAAAAAGAAAACGGAAAUCCCGUUUCUUUUCUACUGUAGACGUAAUAAAAAAUUAAAAAGGCCCACAAACAUUUCUUACUUGGGAGGGGGGGUUAUCUAAUUUAUCUCUAAUCAAUAUGCUGCUACUUAAAGAUUUAAGUAAAAAGAGACCAAAACAUAAGAAUUCACCUAAGCCUAAAACUUAAACAAAAACCAACACCAACUCUAGACAUUGGUUAAAGCCUAACCUUCACCAUAAAACUAACCCUAAUCCAGUGGCGUAGCGAGGUCGGGUGUCACCCGGUGCGGCACUUAA